AUGGACGAAAAAACGCAGUUGGCGAAGAAUGAUGACCCCAGUCACGCAGUAACAGUUAGCUACGACGCCAUUCGCCCUCCUACUGAACCUUCAGAGAAGACCUCGGCCGAAAAUGCUGGCGACGAUCCGGUCGACAACGAACCAGUCAUUACUGACCCUGAGCAAGCUGGACCGUCGACAAGAAUACAAGUAGAACCUCCCCUGGACGGUGGUUAUGGCUGGGUCUGUGUAAUGUGUGUCUUCUUGGUCAAUACCCACACGUGGGGAAUCAAUAGUGUAGGGCUCCGUGGCCUUCAUGCAAUGUUUGACUUGCUAAUUUUGGUUGCAACCUGGCAUAUGGCAUCAGACCUAGACUUUGCCUUUAUCGGAGGCCUUUCCCUUAGCAUGGCCCAAUUCAUCGCUCCGGUCGCAACAAUCACUACUCGAAAAUCGGGGACAAAGACUACCUUGGUGUUGGGAAUCAUACUUCAAACCGCAGCAUUACUAGGAGCGUCAUGGUCGACCAAGAUUUGGCAAUUGUUUUUAAGUCAGGGCGUGUGUUUUGGAUUCGGGAUGGGAAUGCAAUUCAGUGCUACUGUUGGUAUCAUCCCACAAUGGUUCGGCCGCCGACGCUCUCUUGCAAACGGUAUUGCGACAGCGGGAUCAGGGAUUGGAGGCCUGAUCUAUUCGUUGGCUGCAGAUACCAUCAUUCAGAGGUGGGGUACUGGCUGGGCUUUCCGAAUCCUGGCUAUUGUAUCAGCUGCUGCCUCGGGCUUCUCCACCGUCAUUAUAAGGGAUCGGAAUAAGGCAAUUGGGGCUGUUCAGAUUGCCUUCCAUGCCAGUCUUUUGAAAAGACCGGAGUUUCUGCUCACUUUAGCUUGGGGCUGUUUUAGCGUGCUGGGAUAUGUGCUCCUUCUUUUCUCAUUGCCCGGCUACGCAAACGCCGUGGGCCUCACUGUUUCCCAAGGUUCGAUUCUCGGUGCAAUGUUUAACCUUGGAGGAGGCCUUGGCCGACCCGUUAUGGGGUACGUUAGCGAUAUUUUUGGCCGUAUAAACACCGCACUCGUUUGUACCUUCCUGGCUGGCCUUUUCGCUUUUGUAAUCUGGAUCUUUGGCAAAAGCUUUGGUGUCCUCGUCUUCUAUGGUCUGAUUGGCGGCGCUGUUUCCGCAACCUACACGACUACGGUUGCUCCGGUGGGCGCUGAGGUGGUUGGACUGAAACUCCUACCGUCUGCAUUGUCUAUUUUCUGGCUUUCAGUGGUCAUACCAAGCACGUUUGCUGAACCAAUCGCCCUUUGGUUACGAACCGACAACGGAACCAAUUUCCUUCAUGCCCAGGUAUUUACGGGCUGUAUGUACAUGGGAGCAGCUAUUUCCCUCUUGUUUGUGCGAGCAUGGAAGAUAUCAGAAUUGCAAGCAACUGGUUCUGAUGGUGAUCCUGCUAAAUGGGAAGCGGAGAUUAGGAACAAUGACACCGUUCCUCCACAGCCCGUGAUGGCCAGGACGACGAGCAAAGUUCCUAGUGUGGCGAUCAAGGCAAAGGCUGCGAAGGCACUGUUUACGAUGGCAAAGGUAUAAACAUCCAUUAUAACAGCCACCUUAACACCUCCAAUUAUGGGUCUGAUGAUGAAGACAUCUUCUGGACGUGGCCGAGUCGAUGCCCCUGGAUAUCCGCAUAAUAUUC